CUCCCACGCAGUAGAUGAAACCCCGACACACUGCAUCUGCGCUUCCUCCCCACAUGGGCUCUGAAACCUGCGUGAAGCGCUCCUCGUCCUCUCCGCGUCUCCGCUCUCGCCGUGCCGCUGAUGCGGUGCGCCUGGGUGCUCGCUUUCUCCUCUUCCUGGCCGGUUCCUGAUCCUCUGGGCCGGAGGGGCAGCCUCCUCCAUCGAGGCAGGAUGGUGCGGUUCGUAAGCGCGCUGGGGCUCGUCAUAUUUAGCGUGGCGCUGCUCAUCCUGUCUCUCAUCAGCUAUGUCUCCAUCAAGAAGGACUUCCUCUUCAGCACCCCAAGAUACGGACCCAACGGAGGACCCAGGAUGUACAUGUUCCAUGCAGGGUUCCGCUCCCAGUUGGCGAUGAAGUACCUGGAUCCAGCUUUUACUUCUCUGACUAACGCUCUCAGCGAGGACCUGCAGAACUCGUCUAAAUGGAGGCACAACAGCACUGCUUUUAACCAGCAGAGGAUGGAGAUCUCUCAGUACAUCGACAUACCUCACAACUUCACACUGACUCGAGACUCGGUCCGUAUCGGACAGCUGAUGCACUAUGACUACUCCAGCCACAAAUACGUCUUCUCCAUCAGCGAGAACUUCCGCUCCCUCCUCCCGGAGGUUUCACCAAUCCUCAACAAGCACUAUAACGUUUGUGCUGUGGUCGGCAACAGCGGCAUCCUCACCGGCUCACGCUGCGGUCCCCAGAUUGAGAAGUACGACUUUGUCUUCCGCUGCAACUUUGCGCCGACUGAGAUCUUUAAAAAGGACGUUGGGCGUCGGACCAACAUGACGACCUUUAACCCCAGUAUUCUGGAGAAAUACUACAAUAACUUACUGACUGUGCAGGACAGAAACAACUUCUUCCUGAGCCUGAAGAAGCUGGAUGGCGUCAUUCUGUGGAUCCCAGCGUUUUUCUUCCACACGUCUGCCACAGUGACAAGAACGCUGGUGGACUUCUUUGUGGAGCACAGAGAUCAGCUCAAGGUCCAGCUAGCUUGGCCUGGAAACAUCAUGAAAUAUGUCAACAAUUACUGGAAAACCAAGCAGCUGUCGCCGAAGCGCCUGAGCACGGGCAUCCUGAUGUACACGCUGGCUUCUUCCAUGUGCGAUCAGAUCCACCUCUACGGCUUCUGGCCCUUUGGCUGGGACCCCAACACGGGCAAGGAGCUGCCGUACCACUACUACGACAAGAAGGGCACCAAGUUCACCACCAAGUGGCAGGAGUCCCACCAGCUGCCUGCCGAGUUCAAACUCCUCUACAAGAUGCACACAGAAGGACUGCUGAAGCUCUCUGUGUCCCACUGUGCUUCGGGCUAAAACUGCAGCAGGUACCGUGCUCCUUCAGGCUCCUAUCCAGCACUUCCACAGGGCAGAAUUACAGAAAGGACGAGGCAAGCAGUUUAGUCAAAGGCAGCAGCUUGACUGUAAGGCUGAGUUUGUGCAGUGGAGAUCAGCCUCGGAUACCUGAGCAAAAGCCCAUAAUCCUGCGCUCAAGGUGAACUGUGACAGCUCAAGAAACAAGCAGUGUAUUCAUUUUCUACUGCUCAUAAAUCUACAGCUGAACAGCACUGCUUUUUUUUUUUUUUCAAGAAACAGGUGGACUGUCAUGCAAAGGUGGUCUACAGAUGAUUAUGACAGCACUGAAUUGUUUAAUAGUCUUUUAAUCACUAGUGCAGUCUGCAAAGUGUAAAAGACGCACAUCAAGCUUUCAUGUCAUUUCACCGCAGCACUGAUGCAGACACAUGUAAAAAUAAAGUGCCAUCCAGAAAUGAUGCCAUGAAGGCCAAUCAGAUUCAAACACACUUUCGUGGUGGUUCCUGAUGGCAAAGGUUGUGAUUUUUGUGGUGAUUUUCCAAAAGUUGCAAAGUGCUGUCUUAUGUUAGUCUCAUAUUAUGAUAAACAGCAGUGUGGUGCUGAGGUUUGGUAAACUUACAGACUUGUUAUC